AUGUGUUGUGUUUACCACUUGGGCCAACUUGGCAAAGAAAGCCUCUGGAGCACCGCAGCACAGUUACGAGACCUGAGCAAAACCCUGUCCCUGCCAGACCAGCUCCAUAAGCUCCAGGAACAGCUUUACCAUCUGCGCUGGAGCACAAAGGAUGUUGCGGAGCAGGCUCUACAGGAAGGCGUGAAGCAGGCAAAGCUCCCAGGCUUUACCGGAUGGGCUGUUCAGGAGAUCAUCAAUCAAGCCCUGGAGAAUCUGGUGGAAAUCCAGGUCCCGAUGCCAGAUUACGCCCUGAAAUCAGCAGGGGCUGCUGUCAUUCAUUCCAGAACUUCUCCAUCCCUCCGGAACGCCAAAGCCAAACUCUUCUUCUAUUCCCUGCCAUUGAUGGACUACAUGAGGUCCCCUGAGCUUAUUCUGGAGCCAGAAAAUUAUCCUGGAAACUGCUGGCCCUUCCCAGGAAGUCAGGGUCACGUGUUCAUCAAGCUCUCUGUGCCAGUCAUUCCAAGAUCAGUCACCAUGGACCAUGUCUCAGGGACAGCGUUCCACGGAGAAAGUAUCUCCGGAGCUCCAAAGGACUUUGCUGUCUACGGCUUCAAGGAAGAACACGAGGAGCAGGGAAUGUUCCUGGGACAGUUCACUUUCCUGGCGCCACUGAAUCCCAGUCAGACCUUCCAGCUGAAGAACGAGCUCCCUGGGGUCGUGAAUUACAUCAGGCUGCAAGUGCUGAGCAACUGGGGCCACCCGGACUACACCUGCCUGUAUCGGUUCAGGGUGCACGGUGAUCCGCCAAAAGACGGGGGAGACACGGCAGUUUCACCUGUCAAUAAAUUCCAUUAA